AUGCCAAUGACCCUUCCUGUGAGUACCAACCAUAACCUCAGCCCUACCAGACCGCCUCAUCCAUGCUUAUUCCAGACAUGCUUCAUGUCUCUGGCGCAUGUCAUGGGCAUUGCUACUGUGCUGAUAAGCUUGUCGCUGGCCGGAUUCUGUGCUUUUGAGACCAGAUACAGCGGUUUCGACAAAGGGUUGAUUGGUCAGUCAGCCUGGGAUGUCUCUGUGAGGCAUUCAAUCACAAGUCAAGUCCCUGAAGUCCAAAUGAUGAACAGUCAGUCAUCCACAGCCGCUUCCCUUCCCUCCUUCCUCUCCUUCCUUGCAUCGCAUGAUGCCUUCAAGUGCCGUAGAAGUCCCUCUCGUGGCCAGUCUACCUAUAGCUUCCAUCAGUAGCUUUAAUGGCACGCCGGCUGGGGCGAGACCAAACCUACCUUCUCCGGUCCCCUGUUCGAAGAGCUGCCACUAGCAGUCCGUAAAUUCUUGGUUCUCGGUCGACUCUCUGGG